AGCAGAGGAAGCUAGCGUAGCUCCCUCCCUUCCUGUUGUACUCUUCACUGCCUCAGACAGAGAGAGCCCACCAGCAGCUCUCUAUUCUACAGUGCUCUGCCUGCCGUUGAGUUAAAGGAAGGCUAGAAAUUGAGCAGGGGAGCGUUACAGAACUAUCCACUACCAAAGGACCAAGCAGCGUGGUAAGGAGGACAGGACAUGGGAGGACAUCCUGAACGGCAAAGGAUCCUACACGUGGGAGGAGAUCCUGGCCGGAUAAGAUCGCCUGCCAUGGGAGCAGGUCGAGGCAGCAAGGAAGGCGGAGGCAGCUAGGAAAAGGGCCAAGGAUUACACGGGAACAAGGCUGGCACUAAAGACCGGGAGGCCACUCCCCACAUUUUUUUGGGUGGGGGCACACGGGGAGACCUGAGCCAACUCCCCGUGCUUACCGUGGCGGGCGUCGUACUGGUCAGGCACCGUGUUAUGCGGUGGAGCGCACUGUGUCUCCAGUACGCGUUCUUAGCCCGGUGCGCUACAUCCCAGCUCCCCGCAUCUGCCGGGCUAGGGUGAGCAUCCAGCCAGGACGGAUUGUGCCAGCCCUGCUCUCCAGUACGUCUCCACGGCCCAGGACGUACUGGAGGUCGGGCCAAAGUCACCAUCCAGCCAGGACGGGUUGUGCAGGCUCUUAGCUCGAGACCUCCAGUGCGCCUCCACGGCCCAGUGUAUCCGGUACCUCUGCCGAGGACAGGGCCUCCUCUAUGUCUCUACAGCCUGGUGAGUCCUGUGCCUGCGCCCAGAACUAAUCCUCUUGUAUGUCUCCCCAGCCUGGUGAGCCCUGUGGCAGCUCCACGUACCAGACUGCCCAUACGUCUCCUCCCUCCAGUGAUGAUCCAUGGCAAGAAGCCUCCAGUGAUGAUCCAUGGCAAGAAGCCUCCAGUGAUGAUCCAUGGCAAGAAGCCUCCAGUGAUGAUCCAUGGCACAAAGCCUCCAGUGAUGAUCCAUGGCAAGAAGCCUCCAGUGAUGAUCCAUGGCAAGAAGCCUCCAGUGAUGAUCCAUGGCAAGAAGCCUCCAGUGAUGAUCCAUGGCAAGAAGCUUCCAGUGAUGAUCCAUGGCAAGAAGCCUCCAGUGAUGAUCCAUGGCACGAAGCCUCCAGUGAUGAUCCAUGGCACGAAGCCUCCAGUGAUGAUCCAUGGCACGAAGCCUCCAGUGAUAAUCCAAGGCAAGAAGCCUCCAGUGAGGGUCCCCGCACCAGAGGCGCCACCAAAGUGGGGGGAGCCAGAGGCAGGUCUACGUCCCACACCAGAGCCGCCGCCGUAAAGGAGGCCCACCCGGACCCUCCCCUUUAGAGUCAGGUUUUGUGGCCGGAGUCCGCACCAUUGGGGAGGGGUACUGUCACGCUCUGGCCAUAGAGAGGCUUUUAUUCUCUAUUUUGGUUAGGCCAGGGUGUGACUAGGGUGGGCAUUCCAGUUUCUUUAUUUCUAUGUUUUCUAUUUCUGUGUGUUUGGCCGGGUGUGGUUCUCAAUCAGAGGCAGCUGCCUAUCGUUGUCUCUGAUUGAGACUCAUACUUAGGCAGCUUUUUCCCACCUGUGUUUUGUGGGUAGUUCGUUUUGUUCCACUUUGUUAUUUUGUGUCAGUGUUCAGUUUGAAUAAAUUAUCAUGAACACGUA